AUGAAUUUACAAGUGCUAUUGUUUGCGUUGAUAAUAUUUUCGUCGUCGCUGGUUGUUUGUCUGAGUCCAAAGAUGAUAACAUCUCUCAAGGUUGUUAGGAGAGUAUUCCCCUUUUUGACUCUCUUGACAGCCGGGUUUCUUCUUGGUGUCCAGCUCCUAGAGCUGAGUCCUCACAUGGUCACUGACUGCCAUGAGCACAGCGGUCAUGAUCACCAUCACGGCCAUCACACCCAUGAGUCUCCCAUGCUUGGAUUCUUCACUGCAGGCCUUUCUUUUAUCUUUCUCUUGGCUAUCGACACCAUUGUUCUGAAGCACAAACACUGUGAAGAAGGAGAAAAAAAGAGGCAUGCACACAAUGCCGGAUGCCACGGAAAUGACCCCCACCACAAAGUGGAUGCCCAAGGAAACCAUACUCAAAAGACAUCCGAAAAACCUCUAAAUGCACAGACUUCUGCAAAAGAGGCAGAGAGAUUAGGAUGCUGCGAUCCAAGUGAGGUUAUAAAGAAUACGUCUUCAAAGACACAGGUGUUUAUAUACAUAUUGGGUAUUUCCAUCCACUCAUUUUUCGAAGGCUUGGCAUUCAACUCCAUCGACAAAAUCGGCUCCUUGGAAAUGGGGCUUAUUCUCCACAAAGUUCUGGAAUCUUUUGCCCUUGGCGUUCCUCUGUUCACCUCUGGGUUCAACUUCUCCACCGGGCUGAUUCUUGCCCUAUUCUACUCAUCCCUCACGCCCAUUGGGAUUAUGAUAGGAUCCGCACCUGGCUUCUUUGGCCAAACCAUCAAAAAUAUCUUCAAAGGACUUGCCUUGGGAAGUAUAAUGUUCAUGGUGUCUAUUGAGAUGAUUCCCCCAAUGUUCGACCAUCCAAAGGUGAGCCGAAUCCACGGGAUACUUACCCUUCUGAUAGGCUAUUUAUCUAGUGCUGCAGUAAUUCACUGCUCCCACCCCCACUAG